GGUUGGCGUGUGUCUUCUGCGGAUGGUCGCGGUCUGCCCGGUCGGUCCGUCGGUUACUUUACAAAGGAUCGGAUUGUUUUUCCCGCUUAUCCGCCAUCGUGUCGCAUGUCUGUUACUGACGGUGACUUGGCGGGAACGAAUGGUUUCUGUUUGUGUUCGCAUGUGGGGUGUAGGUGUGUGUUUGUUAGUGAGUAAUCAUUGCCUUCGCCUUCAUCGUCGACCUCGUCGUGCCCGGUUGUCAACUAUUAUUGGAUAAUACCCACGGUUGACGGAACUACAACAACUGGUUGAUUAGUUUACAGUUUGAAUCGUUACGAUUCGCCUGGAAAAUAUGAUGAUUGUGUUGUGAUGUGAUUCGAAAAGCUGGUGUGUUGCAUCCGUUAGAGGAUAUACAACUGUCCGAGAGAGGUGCGGCGUAAAUUGCGCCCCUCCCCACUAGUGGUGCGCGGAGAGGUGCCAGUGUUAAUGUUGAUUAAAUUAGAACCACAAGGAUCCAUCGAUACCAGUGUUAAUAAAUCAAAAGAAUCUCGCUCCGUUGUGUGGCCAUGCACCACUACAGCAGACUGCGCUGAUGUCCCGAACGCGACCUGUUCGAUCUACGGUUUCUGCCAGUGUCCAGCCGGGCAUGUUUUCUCCACCGACGUCCGGCGCUGCCUCUCCGAGAGCUUGUAUGGGGUGAGCUGCGAGGAAGCGGUCCAGUGCUCUCAUAUGCUUACCGGUGCCAAGUGCGAGAACCAAGUAUGCACCUGUGAUACCGGGUUUACCUACGUGCGGGGACGAUGCCGUCAGCUAGCGAAUCUCGACCAACCGUGUAAUGAGGAUGUUGACUGUUUCUUCAGCUAUAAUCGUGAAGCCGUGGUUUGCGACGAUGGUAAGUGCCAAUGUGCACCGGGUUUUUAUCUUCGAAGCACAAAUGUCUGCCGGCGUGAAGUAACUCUUGGCCAAAACUGCCUCGUAAACACGGACUGUGUCGGCGACAAUCUCGAGUGUAAUAAUGACGUCUGUGUCGAGAAAGCAGCACAAACAAAAACCUUUAGGGAUAUCGGAGUGCAGGCUAAGCCCACUUGCGACGAAAAGAAAGCGCAAGUGGAAUCGAGGGCGACCCGCGAUCAGCAGCAGCAGACCAGUGUUAAGAGCAGUAGCAGCAGCUGUGGAACUACUGCCGGUGUUGAGGAAUCGAACGACGUGCAGGAGAUAGUGCCGGAGAACCCACCAAAAAGUACCUCCAGCGGAGCGACAGCUAAGAGAGUAAGACUUCAAACAAGCGCCGAUGACACACUGAAAGAUGAUAGUUCUCACGAGUACGGUGAUACCUGCACUGUGGAAGAACAAGAAUGCAAUGGGCUGCCCUACUCUGUGUGUCGGAUGGGACAGUGUCUUUGCCGAGAUGGUUUCUACGAAGUCGGAAAAGUAUGCAAAGCUGAAUUAGGUGAAUUCGUGGAUAAAGCAGAAGACUGUGGCGGUGGAAAUUUCGUAAAUGGUAGAUGUGUUUGUGACAACCAUUGGUUUUACAAUUACCAUAUGCGAUCAUGUAUAAAAGGUGUACUUGGAAUUAAUACCUCUUGUACGGCAAAUAGCCAGUGUUCUCCAUAUGGUGCUGCAUACUGCCCUGAUUCCAGCCCAAGGCGAUGCAGCUGUCUUCCGUAUGCCGAGUACGAUAGCAACCAGCAGAUGUGCGUGGCUAAGAUCGGUUACGAGCAGUACUGCGAAGAUGACGAAGGCUGUACGAUGAGAAACACACGCUGCAGUGAGGUGAACACGUGCGUUUGCCGGCCGAACUUUUUCUACGUGAACGAGCUUUGCCAGGCGGCUCAAGGGGGAACGUGCGAAACCGUGGAGGACUGUGGAUUCGAAGAGGCAAGUUGCGAAAAGGAAGACGACGAGAAACCAAAAGCAUGCGACUGCAUCAAGGGUUACACAUAUCAAGACAAUACGUGCCUAAAGGAAGCAGAAGCCUAUGGGGACGAGUGCACUGUAAAUGACCAGUGCCAACCAUUGCUGGGAGACCAGGCCAAGUGUAUAGACGAGAAAUGCCAGUGUGACGGAAGUGACACGCACUACAAAGGUGGAAAGUGCCAUUCGAAAGUUGCUUUGGACGAGCGAUGCCAACUGACCAGCGAAUGCUUCGUUGAGGACGGUGCCGACAAUGUGGAAUGCCGCAAUUCGGCGUGCCAGUGCAAGUUCGAAUACUCAGCGGACGUCGAGCGACAACGAUGCGUUAAAACCACUAGCAAGAGCUCUUCCGAUCGACCAAGUGCACUGAAGGUAAUCACAUUAAUGUUGACGAGCGCAGCGAUUCUGAUUACGGGGUCGGCUUUACGAGAUGCUUACUACCGGUAGACUACGUCCAUCGGACAUUGUGUACAUCAAUACAACCGAAGCUAAUCAAAAUAUUGAUGGCGCGGACAGUGAUAAGAAAGAGCUGCUCAGUAUUAUGCUGUGCAAAGACAUCGAGUAAUUUUGCAUACGGGGUAAAAUCAUCGGACGGUAUCGACUUAUGAAGAGCAAUUCACAAAUUACUCUACAUAGUAGAGUGAUCAUAUUCCGUGAGUUAAAAGAAACCGCGCCUUAACAUUUUGUUCUGCUUUACAAGAUGCAAGGAAAAACGUAACUUAUUUCUACUGGGUAUCGCAAACAUCGCCACAAAUAAAAAUAAUGGUCAGAAAUCAUUUCAUUCUUUUAGAAAUUCUUAGAAAAUAUAGAAAAGCAGUAAUAAGAAUAAAAC